AUGUCUUCUACCCGGAAGAAAGACACCACCACCCCCAAGAAAGAGCCCAACACCCACGGCCUCACCUCCCGCGACUUCGAGCUCCUGGGCCAUGCGCUCAAGUCCACCAAGUCCGAGCUCGUCAUCGAUUACGCCAAAUUCGCCGACCGCGCCGGCCUCAAGAACAGCGCCUCGGGCAAAGCGUCCUGGCACGGAUUGAAGAAGAAGCUGCAGCUUGAGAAGUUCGUUUCUGCUGAUGCCGCUGCCGAAGGAGGUGACGACACCACGCCCAAGAAAGCCGCUGCCACUGGCUCGAAGCGCAAGGCAGCCGCCGAGCCGGAAGUAGAGGACGAUGCUGAAGUUGAGGAGACGCCGAAGAAGAGUUCUGCCAAGCGUGGUCGUAAGGCCGCUAAGACUGAGGUCGCUGCCGCUGCCGCUGACGAUGAGGAGAAGUCUGACGAGGCUGAGGCUGAGGCUGAAGUCGAGACCACGCCUACUCCAGCUAAGAAGGGCAGAGGUGGUCGUAAGACCGCUGCUGUCAAGAUCGAGCCCGAGCCCGCUUCUGACGAAGGCGCCGACGACGAGGCUGCCGAAGCUGCGCCCGAGAGACCCAAGAAGACCCCAGCCAAGCGCGCCCGCAAGACCGCUGCCGCGAAGGCCUCACCCGCCGCAGCUGAAGGCGAAGGCGAAGGCGGCAAGGACGAGACCGCCGAAGCCGAAGCGGACACCCCUAAGACCACCUCAGCGAAGCGCGGUCGUGAGCCCACCAAGAAGGCCCUCGCGGCCGCCGCGGCGCUUGCUGCUGCUGAGACCGAGACCACGACUGCCGAAGAUGCCGGAGAGGCGAAUGAGGACGGAGAGAAGGUCGGAGAUGAGGCUGCGCUGGCGAAGGAGUGGGCGGAGGAGGGUGAGGGCAAGGAGUCCAAGUCUGCUGCGUCUGCUGUGAGCCGGGCGGGGAGUGACACCAUCGAGGUCGCUUCGAAGAAGGUGGAUGGUGUGGGUGAGCAGGAGGGGGAGGCGGUUGAUGAGGAGAUUAAGGUAGGUCAGAUGGUUGAGGCGGUAAAGGCGGAGGAGGGUGGGGAGUGA